AUGUAUGCUAAGGUCGGAAGCGAACGCUUGCGAUUCCUUCGAUUCAACCCGGCAAAACUACAAUCGGAAGAAUAUAUUCACUUACGAGAUGCUGUUGCUGGAAACAUCGAUGGAAAUUUAAAUCCCAAUGACAUCGGUAAUGCUUUCAUUUUACCUUCAAGCUACAUCGGCAGUUCACGGAACAUGCAGGAAUACAUACAAGAUGCGAUGACUUACGUACGUCAUUACGGCCGACAGGAUUUAUUUAUUACAUUCACAUGUAAUCCGAAUUGGGAAGAGAUACAAACUUUACUAUUGCCAGGACAACAAGCCAUUCAUCGUCAUGAUUUAACUGCACGCAGUGAUUUGGCCAUAUUUGAAGUACAAAACAUUAAUAAAAAUGACGAAAUAACACGAUACCAAAUGGGCAGAUACAUUAGCAGCAAUGAAGCUAUUUGGCAUAUUCUCAGCUUUCCCAUCCACGAAAGAGAUCCUGCUGUCCAACAUCUGGCAAUACAUCUUGAAAACGGUCAACGUGUAUACUUCACUGAAGAAAAUGUUCUCCAAAGAGCGUUCGAAGCUCCGAAAACGACUAUAACUGAAUUUUUUACAUUAUGUCAAAAACCUGAUGUUUUUGGCCAAUUCGCGAAGACAUUGGUGUAUGGUGAUGUUCCACGUUAUUUCACAAGGAACAAAUCCAGUAAAAAAUGGGAGCCACGGAAACAAGGAAAACGACAUCCUUCCAUUACAGGCAUAUUCAAAGCUAAGACAUUGGGGAGACUUUACACGGUACAUCCAAAGCAACUUAAUGGUCGAGUAUUCAAUACAUACCAGGAUGCAUUUCGUGAACUGCAAUUGCUAGAAGACGAUAACCAUUGGGACUUAACGCUUGCUGAUGCUGCGUUGACAUCAACACCGAAUAACAUUCGUCAGUUGUUUGCAAUUAUUUUGACGACAUGUUAUCCCUCACAAGCACAAACUUUGUGGGAAAAAUAUAAAAAUUGUAUGACAGAAGACAUCUUGCACCGAAUUAGACAAACAAAUCAAUGCCAAAACAUAGAUUAUACACCAGAGAUGUACAAUGAAGCAUUGGUCUUGAUCGAGGAUUUAUGUGUUCUUAUUUCAAAUUUACCACUUAAUCAUUAUGGUAUGCCAUCACCUAAUCGUCCGGCCACCGACUUAGUCAAUACCGAUUUACAACGAGAAAAUCAAUAUGACCAUGGAAGUUUAGCAACAAUUAUCAUGAACAGUGAACCAUUACUGACAGCAGAACAAAAAAUUAUUUAUGAUCGGAUUAUGCUGGCUGUUGCUGCUGAACAAGGCGGUUUUUUUUUCUUGGAUGCACACGGUGGAACCGGUAAGACAUUUUUAAUAUCGUUGAUUUUUGCCAAAAUACGGUCGGAACAAAAAAUCGCAUUAGCAGUAGCAUCGUCAGGCAUUGCGGCUACUUUACUGGAUAGUGGGCGAACAGCACAUUCAACAUUCAAGCUGCCAUUGGACGUUCAUAAUAAACCAGAUGCAAUGUAUAACAUCAAAAAGAAUAGUGGAAUAGCUGCAGUGUUGCGGAAGAGUUCUAUAAUAAUUUGGGAUGAGUGCGCAAUGGCACACAAAUAUUCACUUGAAGCAUUAAACAGAACUAUGCAAGAUUUAAACAGCAAUAAUAAACUUUUCGGUGGUGCUAUCUUACUUUUGUCUGGUGACUUCCGGCAGACCUUACCGGUUAUACCUCGCUCUACUUUCGCGGAUGAGAUUAGUGCAUGUUUGAAACAAUUAUUCUUAUGGCGAAGUGUUGAAACACUUCGAUUGACCAUAAAUAUGCGAGUACAAUUGCAAAAUGAUCCAUCAGCACAAAUAUUUUCCGAACAACUACUAGAUAUUGGGAAUGGUAAAAUAGAACUGCAACCAAAUACGCAAUGCAUUAAACUACCAGACAAUUUUUGCACUGUUGUUCAGGAUAAAAAUGAAUUGAUUCAGAGUAUUUUUUCGGAUGUACAGAAUAAUUAUUUGAAUCAUGAAUGGCUUAGUCAACGGGCGAUUUUGGCAUCCAAAAACGUUGAUGUUGACGAAAUUAACUUCCAGAUACAACAGUUGUUACCAGGCGAUCUGAUGUCUUUUAAAUCAAUCGAUACUGUUGUUGAUGAAAAUGAAAGUGUAAAUUUUCCGAUUGAAUUUUUAAAUUCAUUAGAUAUCCCUGGAAUGCCACCACAUAAUCUUCGAUUAAAGAUUGGUUCCCCUAUUAUUCUCCUCCGUAAUUUGACUCCACCUCAAUUAUGUAACGGUACGCGUUUGGUCAUCAAAAAGAUCACCGGAAACAUUCUUGAAGCAACCAUUUUGGCUGGGAAGUUUAAAGGAAAAGUGGUCCUGCUGCCACGUAUUCCGAUGAUACCAUCAGAUUCUACCAUACCCUUCAAAAGGCUACAGUUUCCAAUUUGUUUAGCUUUCGCCAUGUCUAUAAAUAAAUCUCAAGGUCAAACAAUGUCCAUUUGUGGUUUAGAUUUGGAAAAUCCAUGUUUUUCUCAUGGGCAACUAUAUGUUGCGUGUUCACGUGUUGGGAAACCGUCGAAUCUAUUUGUGUUAGCUAAAGACAGAAAUCUUCGUCUCGCUAAAUUGAUUCCCUACGUCGACUACAACGGAGUACUCAGAGUCAGCGGUCGCUUGAAAAAUUCGCUGCUGGAUGAGGAACAGAAAAAUCCAGCCAUUUUACCAAGGUCAUCACAUUUAAGUACGCUAUUGAUAGAUCGUUCGCAUCAGAGAACAUUCCACGGGGGAACUCAAUUGACUUUCGCUGAUCUACGCAGAUCCGUCUGGAUAGAAGGCGGUCGAGUUCCAGUUAGAUCACAUAUUUUUCGUUGCGUCGUGUUUACGAGACAUAAAGGUCUUCGUACACAACAAUUAAUGGGACGAUUGCCAUCUGCCCGUGUAAGACCAUCUAAAACAUUCCUACACACUGGAAUAGAUUACGCUGGGCCAGUAGUACUCAAGACUUUUCAAGGUCGAAGUGCCAAAAUUUAUAAUGGAUAG